AUGGGAGCCGUCCAGCCAUCGUUCUGGGGGACAACAACCAUUGAUACAGCCACAGAUGGUCUUGGGUGGCCAGCCUCCCAUUCCUCAGGUUAUGCAGGGAAACCAGACGAUAGCAUGGGCCCAGCCGGGCCUUUACCCCCCCACUCAGCAACAGCCGUGGCCCACCCUGCCCGGUCAGUUUCCACCCGCUGCCUUCAUGCCAACACAGACUGUAUUGCCUUUCCAAGCAGCCAUGUUCCAAGGUAGUACCGCCCCGGUAGCCGCUGUGCCGCCCUCCAGCGACUCCAUGCGAUCAAGCCCCCUACGGCCAGAUCAGAAAGUAACGAAGGAGAUGUUCAAGGAUUUCCAGAUGGUGAACCCUCCUCCAGUGCCAUCGAGACAACCGGACCAGCCUGCCCUCCAGUGUACCUCAGAUGCCUUCUCAAGCUACUUUGACAAAGUUGGUCUGGUGCAAGAUACAGACGACUGUGACGACUUUGACAUCUCGCAGUUGAACCUGACACCCAUGACUUCCACCUCGCCCUCAACUAAUUCACCGCCCACACCAGCUCCGAGGCAGAGCUCGCCAUCAAAGUCUUCAGUGUCUCACACCAGCGAUCCCAACCCGGACGACAUCUUUGAAGAAGGCUUUGAAAGUCCCAGCAAAAGUGUCGAACAAGAUGCA